AUGCUCCUGAAUUCCGUGGGAAGCCCAAGUCGCGGAGAGCUCCCUGGAGAGCUCCUCUGUUUGCGGAGGCCACAAGGACACCUUACCUUACAGGCUGACAGGCUGCCCUUUUUUUGUGGGGCACCGGAGACGAUGAAGAUGCGACACCACGCGAUCCUGGAGUCUUCGACGUGCGGGCCCAGCUGUUUUGAGUCUGGGUGUUGUUGGCUCUUGCAGUUCCCUGUGGCCUUCCGGCAGCCUUGGCCCACUUCAGCCAGACUGCGAGCUGUCGACGCCUCUCCGGGCUCCGGCUGGAUCGAAAUCUCACUGUCUCUGGAGAAGCAGGCCCUGACCCUCAAGCCCGAGGCCUACCUCGCAGGAUCUCGCUUCCCUGAAUUAUCCGGUUCAGUUACCCGGUUCAGUGUUCGUGAAGCUUGCGAUCGCAAUCAUGAAGAAAGUUCUUAUUCCUCCUCUUCCUUGCACCGAGAAACGACAGCACAGCUGGCGGCAAAUCUGAUCAGCAGCGCGAAAAGAGUAGCCCGCGAACCCUGA